CAGUUAAGUGCUUAUAUAUUAGCGUUUGAGUCGACCAUACACUGGAUAUAUAGCGCACAGAAUCGCAUAGACUUUAUAUCGAUUUUCACUGCAGUUAUGAUGUUUGACUAAAAAGUGUCAAAUAUUUACAUUAAUUCUGUUUAAAAUUGUGAAUAAUAUACUGUAAUUACUAAUAUUAAUUUACUACCAGAAUUGAGCAAAUAUGAUGCAAAUGAAAGGGGAGCCAAUUCACAACGGAUUCAAUCCGGAAGCCGAAACAUGUUUUCGAUGUGUCAAGAUCACCCUCAUCGUAAUCCACUCAAUAUCCCUGGUAGUAAUGGCCGCGGUGGCCGUUAUGUUUAUCGCCGCCUUCGUUGUCUUGUCGACCGACAAGACAUCCGAUAAUAAGACAAUUACUUUGGAUCAUAACAACGAAAAAGUCGAUGUCGAUGCCAAAACAUUCACAACAAUUAUGGGAAUAUUUGUGAUCGUGUUUACCGUGUUUGAGGCGAUACUCCUCAUCGGUAUCGUACGUGAGAACAAGACCAUUGUAUUCGUGUAUCUGGUGUUGGGGGUCAUUGGCAUAGUUCACAACCUGUUCGCCCAACCCAUGCCCACCAAUAUACUCAGCAUUAUAGUGGUCUCAUUGACCGCUUAUUUUGCUUAUAUGAUCGUCAAGAAGGACAGACAAGUCGUCUAAAUAUGGGCUCAUUUAUUAGUAAAUAUACAAACGUAGGUGUUCCUCCCCAUUUUCGUAAAAGUAUGUACGUACUUAUUGAAUGUCAAUAUAUUAUAUUUAUUGCUAUAUAUUUUAUGAUAAGGAAUAUUCUUGAGCCCAGCUAUAUAUAGAGUUUGCUAAUGAUAUAAAAUACUUAUUAAGCUAAAUCUCAAUAAAUAAGAUUAUUUAUCUAAAUCUUAUUAAGCUAAAUCUUAAUCUUAUUAUACUCAUGAUUACUAAGAUUCACGUGUGGGCUCACUAUUGGCGGACAAAUAUUUAUUAACAAAUAUUUUAGAUUUAUUUUUUCAAUGUUUUAUAUUUAUGUAUUCAUGGCUUAAAUACAGAUCAAACUGUUUGUUACAUAUAAAAUAAUAUUUAUUACACUUUAUAGCUUUACAAUUGUAUUGUUAAAUCUAAAAUGUUUAUCAUAAAUACGGUAAUACCGAAC